AUGGCGUGGAAGAUCGUCGAAGACCGCCCUACACCCCCAGAAGUGUACAAUUGGCGGCUCUACUCUGCAGCCCUAUUAAUCGCCUGGGGUGCCAUAACUUUCGGCUAUGAUGGAGCCUUCAUGGGCACUACGAUAGCUCGAUCCUCCUUCAACGAGUACUUUCAGAUCGACAGCCUCUCCGCCAGCGACUAUGCCGACGUUUCCUCUAAUAUCACAUCCUGCUUCCAAGCAGCGGCAUUUUUUGGUGCAGCCUUCUCCUGGGCGCUGAUGGAGACCUGGGGGAGAAAGAUCACGCUGCAAGUAUCUACAGUGAUCUUUAUUGUCGGGGCUAUCCUGCAGACGGUACCGCCGAAGAAUCUCGACUACAUUUACGCCGGCCGAUCGAUCUGUGGGCUCGCAGUUGGAGGCAUCACUGGUACUGCAGUGCCGGCGUAUAUCAGUGAACAAAGUGUUCCCAGUAUCCGUGGACGCCUCACCGGUCUUUUCGAAAUUGCGUACCAAAUUGGUUCGCUCGUUGGCUUUUGGGUAAACUAUGGUGUAUCCCAGCACAUCGACUUGGCUAGUAACGUCUCCUGGCGUCUGCCCAUGGGUAUCCAGCUAAUCCCCGCUGGUAUCCUCAUGGCCGGUACCUUCUUCCUCCGCGAAUCGCCCCUGUUCUACAUGAAGAAAGACCAAGACGAGAAAGCCCUCGAAGUCCUCACCUACCUCCGAAAUCUCCCAGCCGACCAUCCGUAUAUCCAAGAGGAAAUCUCGCUCUACCGCGAGAGAAUCCUGCAUGAGCGCGCGGUGGUCAGUGGGAAGCCCGGAUUGUGGGGGUACUUGCGAGGCGCGGGGAGGGAAGUUGUCUUGAAGGGGAUCAGGAAUAGGAUGGCCCUUGCUUUUGUCAUGUUUAUGUGGCAAAAUUACUCUGGUGCCAAUGCUAUCAACUACUACUCCCCAACUCUUUUCGGCUCCCUAGGAAUCACCGAUGUCAACCUCUACACCGGCAUCUAUGGUCUCGUUAAAGCCAUCGGCUCCAUCAUCUUUUACGUCUACUUUAUCGACACGUGGGGCCGCCGCCAGCCUUGGAUGAUAUCCAGCGUCGCCUGUGCCCUCUGUCUUACCUACGUGGGCGUUUACGUCAAAGUGGGACAUCCGUCGACCAGGGAUGUCAUUGACAAGUCGACAAAGAUGGGGGGCACGGCGGCUACGACGAUGAUCAUGUUUUACUCUGUGUUCUGGUCAUUUGGCGCGAAUGGUCUGCCGUGGAUCAUCACGUCGGAGAUCUACCCUCUUGGUUUGAGGGGUCUGUGUGGAGCUUAUGCGGCCAUGUGUCAGUGGUUAUGGCAGUUUGUCAUCACCAAGACGACACCAAAGAUCUUCAUAGCGAUGGGCUGGGGGACUUGGAUCUUCUUUGCAGCUUGUCUCAUGGGCAGUGCUAUCUGGUCCUACUUUUUCCUUCCCGAGACUAAAGGUCUCCGUCUCGACGAGAUGGACGCUCUCUUCGGUUUCGCAGGGCACAAAGGCUCGGCGUUCGAACACCCCGACGUGUAUCAGGCGCACGACUCGAAAGCGAGGAAACUGGAGAGGGUGGAACACCGAGAAGAUGUCACCAAAGCUACCGAGUUGGAAGAGGUAUAA